AUGAGGACAAGGUUCCUCACAUCUGAGGACAAGGUUCCUCACACUGAGGACAAGGUUCCUCACUAUGAGGACAAGGUUCUUCACUCUGAGGACAAGGUUCUUCACUCUGAGGACAAGGUUCCUCACCUGUGGACAAGGUUCCUCACUUUGAGGACAAGGUCUUCACUCUGAGGACAAGGUUCUUCACUCCGAGGACAAGGUUCUUCACUCUGAGGACAAGGUUCUUCACCCUGCGGACAAGGUUCCUCACUCUGAGGACAAGGUUUCUCACUCUGAGGACAAGGUUAUUCAAUCUGAGGACAAGGAUCCUCACUUUGAGGACAAGGUUAUUUAAACUCUGAGGACAAGGUUUGUCACUCUGAGGACAAGGUUCUUCGCCCUGCGGACAAGGUUCCUCACCCUGAGGACAAUGUUCUUCACGAUGAGGACAAGGUUCUUCACGAGGAGGACAAGGUUCUUCACGCUGAGGACAAGGUUUUUCACCCUGUGGACAAUGUUCCUCACACUGAGGACAAGGUUCUUCACUCUGAGGAGAAGGUUCUUCACUGUGAGGACAAGGUUCUUCAUUCCGAGCACAAGGGUCCUAACUCUGAGGACAAAGGUCCUGACUCUGAGGACAAGGUUUCUCACUCUGAGGACAAGGUUCCUCACUCUGAGGACAAGGUUCUACAAUCUGAGGACAAGGUUCCUCGCACUGAGGACAAGGUUCCUCACUUUGAGGAGAAGGUUAUUUAAACUCUGAGGACAAGGGCCUUCACUCUGAGGACAAGGUUCUUCACUCUGAGGACAAGGUUCUUCACUCUGAGGACAAAGAUUCCUCACUCUGAGGACAAGGUUCCUCACUCUGAGGGCAAGACACUUUACUCUGAGGACAAGGUUCUUCACUCUGAGGACAACAUUCUUCACUCUGAAGACAAGGUUCUUCACGCUGAAGACAAGGUUCCUCACACUAUGGACAAGGUUCGUCACUUUGAGGACAAGGAUCUUCACUCUGAGGACAAGGUUCUUCACUCUACGGACAAGGUUCCUCACACUGAGGACAAGGUUCUUUACUCCGGGGACAAGGUUCUUCACUUUGAGGACAAGGUUCUUCCCUCUGAGGACAAGGUUCCUGGACAAGGUUCUUCACUUUGAGGACAAGGUUCUUCCCUCUGAGGACAAGGUUCCUCAGACUAAGGACAAGGUUCUGCACCCUGAGGAGAAGGUUCCUCACACUGAGGACAAGGUACUUCACUCUGAGGGCAAGGUUCCUCACUCUGAGGACAAGGUUUCUCACUCUGAGGACAAGGUUUCUCUCUCUGAGGACAAAGUUUCUCAAUUUGAGGACAAGGUACUUCACUCUGAGGAGAAGGUUCUUUAUUCUGAGGACAAGGUUCUUCCCUCUGAGGACAAGGUUCUUCACACUGAGGACAAGGGUCUUCACUCUGAGGACAAGGUUCCUCACAAUAAGGACAAGGUUCCUCACUUUGUGGACAAGGUUCUUCUUUCUGAGGACAAGGUUCUUCACUAUGAGGACAAGGUUCUUCUCUCUGAGAAAAACGUUCUUCACUCCGAGGACAAGAUUCCUGACACUGAAGACACGGUUCUUCACUCUGCGGACAAGGUUCCUCACCCUGAGGACAAGGUUCUUCACUCUGAGGACAAGGUUCUUUACUUUGAGGACAAGGUUCUUCACUCUGAGGACAAGGUUCCUCACACUAAGCACAAGGUUCUGCACCCUGAGGAGAAGGUUGCUCACACUGAGGACAAGGUUCUUCACUCUGAGGGCAAGGUUCCUCACUCUGAGGACCAGGUUUCCCACUCUGAGGACAAGGUUCAUCAAUUUGAGGACAAGGUUCUUCACUCUGAGGACAAGGUUCUUUAUUCUGAGGACAAGGUUCUUCACUCUGUGGACAAGGUUCUUCCACUGAGGACAAGGCUCUUAGCUCUGAGGACAAGGUUCCUCACUCUGAGAACAAUGUUUUUCACUGUGAGGACAAGGUUCUCACUUUGAGAUAAGGUUCUUCCCUCUGAAGACAAAGUUCCACAAUUUUUGAGGACAAGGUUAUUUAAGCUCUGAGGACAAGGUUCUUCGCUCUGAGGGCAAGGUUCCUCACUCUAAGGACAGUGUUCCUAACUCUGAUGACAAGGUCCUCACACUGAGAACAAGGUUCUUUAUUCUGAGGACAAAGUUCCUGACACUGAGGACAAGGUUCCUCAAUCUGAGUACAAGGUUAUUUAAACUCUGAGGACAAGGUUAUUCACUCUGAGGACAAGGUUCUUCACUGUGAGAACAGUGUUCUUCAUUCUGAGGACAAGGUUCUUCACUCCGAGGACAAUGUUCCUCAUUCUGAGGAAAAGGUUCUUCAAUCUGAGGACAAGGUUCCUGACUCUGAGGACUGGGUUCCUCUCUCUGAGAACAAAGUUCCUCAGACUAAGGACAAGGUUCUUCUCUCUGAGGACAAGGUUCCUCACACUAAGGACAAGGGUCUGCACACUGAGGAGAAGGUUGCUCACACUGAGGACAAGGUUCUUCACUCUGAGGGCAAGGUUCCUCAUUCUGAGGACAAGGUUCUCACUCUGAGGACAAGGUUCAUCACUUUGAGAACAAGGUUUCUCUCUCUGAGGACAAAGUUUCUCAAUUUGAGGACAAGGUUCUUCACUCUGAGGAGAAGGUUCUUUAUUCUGAGAACAAGGCUCUUCCCUCUGAGGACAAGGUUCUUCACACUGAGGACAAGAGUCUUCACUCUGAGGACAAGGUUCCUCACUCUGAGGACAAGGUUCUUCAUUCUGAGGACAAGGUUCCUCACAAUAAGGACAAUGUUGCUCACUUUGAGGACAAGGUUAUUCUUUCUGAGGACAAGGUUCUUCACUCUGAGGACAAGGUUCUCCUCUCAGAGGAAAAGGUUCUUCACUCUGAGGACAAGGUUCCUGACACUGAAGACUGACACUGAAGACACGGUUCUUCACCCUGCGGACAAGGUUUCAUUAUUCUGA